GUUCGGGAACAAAGAGGAGUACAUGGCGUUCAUGAACGACUUCCUGGAGCACGAGUGGGCGGGGAUGAUGCGUUUCCUGUCGGAGAUCUCCAACCCGGAGACGCUGUCCAGCACGCCGGGCUACGAGGGCUACAUCGACCUCGGCCGCGAGCUGUCGGUGCUGCACGCACAGCUCUGGGAGGUGGUCUCGCAGCUGGACAAGGGUGAAAAUUCCUUCCUGCAGGCCACCGUAGCAAAGCUGGGCCCGCUGCCGAGGAUUCUGGGAGACAUCUCUCGCUGCCUGGCCGCCCCGACGCCCGUCCAGCAGCAGCUGAGACGUUUCCAAGAGCACAACUCCGCGCACAACAUCAGCGGCAGCCUGUCGUCAGGGUUACAGCGCAUCUUCGAGGACCCCGCCGACAGCCGCAGUGAUGCCCGCAGCCUGCAGUCUCCGCUCGGUGACGCGAUGGAGGGUUACGUGCGCGGGCAGCGCCCCCCGCUGGCCCCCCAGCACCCCUCGGCCCACGCCAGCUUCUCCGACCCCGAGGACCGGGACGUCCCGCUGCCCAACGGGCGCAGCGUCUCCCUGGUGGACCUGCAGGACGCCCAGCAGAGCCUGGGGGGGACGCCGCCACCGCCGCCGCCACACCACGAGGCCCCGCCACGCCUCAGCAGGGUCGGCUCGCAGGCCUCCAUCGGGCACGCCGCGCCACAGCUGCCGCUACCACUCAACUACAACCCGCUCACGCCACAGCCACACCACGGCAAAUCCUCGCCGCGGGACGGCCAGCCACAGAGCGCACCGCAGGUGAGGCGUCCGCUGCCCCCGUCUCUCAGCCAGCAGCGCAGCCUGCAGCCGCUCUCCUUCCAGAACCCCGUGUACCACCUGAGCAACCCGGGCACACGCUCCGCCCACUCUCUCUCGCAGCCUUGCCACGGCGACUCGAGCUCGGAGAACCUGAGCACGGAGAGCUCGCACAACAGCCGCAGCACGUCUGACGACCUCGGCAGCCAGGUGGGGGCCCGGGGCCACGCGGCGUCCAGCAGCAGCCCGGACGAAUCGGCCGGCCGGCGGAGCGCGCACAGCGAGGACUGCUCCACGCCGCGCCGCCACCACGCCGCGCCGCCGCCACGACGACCUACCGUCCACGGCGGUGCCACGGCGAUCGCGAUCCCCCGCCAGAGCACGACGGCGGGAACAGCCCACAUCCUGAAGGUGGAGCAGCAGAGCAGAGGAGGAGGCUUGGCCGGGGCCAGGACGCCGCGCUCUCUCCCUCUCAGCGCCUCGCUACGCAGCAGCAGCAGCGCUAACACGGAGCCCGCCCCCACGCCCACGCCAGGCCACGCCAGCCGCCAACAGCACGCCGGACUCGUGGAGAACGCGGCUCCGCCUCCGAGGAGCGCCGCCAAGACGCCGCAGCAGGUGGCGUCUCCGGUGGAGGCGGCAGCGGUCGUCGUGGCGAUGUCCCCGGUGGAGCGCACGGCUGCCUGGGUGCUGAACAACGGCCAGUACGAAGAGGAGGAGGAGGAGGAGGAGGAGGAAGAGGAGGAGGGGGGAGAGAGGAGCAGGGAGGAGGGCAGGAACACUGAGAAGUAUGAGCUGGAGAUCUCGCGGCUCAAGGAGCGCCUGCGUGCGUCCGGGCGGCGUCUAGAGGAGUACGAGCGGCGCCUGGCGGCUCAGGAGCAGCAGAUGGAGAAGCUGCUGCUGGAGUACAAGCACCGCCUGGAGGACAGCGAGGAGAGGCUGCGGAGGCAGCAGGAGGAGAAGGACAGCCAGAUGAAGAGCAUCAUCUGCAGGCUGAUGGCGGUGGAGGACGAGUUAAAGCGGGACCACGCUGAGAUGCAGGCUGUGAUUGAAGCCAAACAGAAGAUCAUCGACGCUCAGGAGCGGCGGAUCAUGUCCCUGGACGCGGCGAACUCGCGGCUGAUGGCGGCGCUGACUCAGGUGAAGGAGCGCUACAGCGCGCCCAACCUCCGCAACGGCCUGUCACCCAGCAACCCCACCAAACUGUCCAUCACUGAGAACGGAGAGUUCAAGAACAGCAGCUGCUGAUUGGCCGCCGGGACGCCGAGAGGCGGGGCUUAAACUCUUAAAGCUGCAGAGACAGAAUGUAUAAAUACGAGUGUAAAUACUGAAGGUUUGAUCUGUUGAGUGUGUGUGUGUGUGUGUGUGUGUGUGUGUGUGUGUGUGUGUGUGUGUGUGUGUGUGUCACAGAAGCACAGUGAGAACGAAACAAACCAAAAAACUAAAAACGCACUCAAGUUUUUUUGUUUUUUUAACUGACUUUUUUUGGUUGCUGUUGAAGUUGAUUUCAUUUUUUAGAGUGGAGUUUUUUUACCUGACGAGCUGUUGUUUUUUGGGGUUUUUAAUUUAUUGCUCCACGUCUCGUUGCUGAUCUACUGAACCCCCCCCCUCUCCUGUAGGAUCAGGGUCAAAGGUCACACACCCCCCCUGUCUGCUGUUCCACCUUCACAAUAAAAGCUGCCUGAUAGA